AUGGAAGUUACCCAGGUGCUUCUGAAUGCUCAAGCUAUAGAUGGAACCAUUCGGAAGCAUGCUGAAGAAAGUUUGAAACAGUUUCAGGAGCAAGAUCUUCCAUUGUUCUUGUUAUCUCUUUCUAGAGAGCUAGCAAAUGAAGAGAGACCUGUUGAGAGCCGUAAAUUAGCAGGUCUUAUACUUAAGAAUGCCCUGGAUGCUAAAGAACAACAUAGAAAGUUGGAUCUUGUUCAAAGAUGGCUGGGACUGGAAGCUUCUGUGAAAACCCAGAUUAAGAUGUGCUUGUUACAGACCCUCUCUUCCCCUGUAUCAGAUGCCCGUUCAACUACCUCUCAAGUUAUUGCAAAGGUUGCAGGAAUUGAGCUCCCCCAGAAACAAUGGCCAGAACUGAUUGGAUCAUUGUUGUCAAAUAUCCAUCAGUUACCAGCUCAUGUAAAGCAAGCCACUUUAGAGACUCUUGGGUAUUUGUGUGAGGAAGUCUCUCCUGAUGUCAUGGAUCAAGAUCAAGUAAAUAAAAUACUGACAGCUGUAGUUCAGGGUAUGAACGCAUCUGAAGGGAACAAUGAUGUUAGACUUGCUGCCACCCGAGCACUGUACAAUGCUUUGGGUUUUGCUCAGGCCAAUUUUAGCAAUGAUAUGGAACGUGAUUAUAUAAUGAGAGUUGUGUGUGAGGCAACUUUGUCAUCUGAAGUGAAGAUACGACAGGCAGCUUUUGAGUGUUUAGUCUCCAUUUCUUCAACUUACUAUGAGAAAUUAGCCCCUUACAUGCAAGACAUCUUUACCAUCACAGCAAAAGCUGUUAGGGAAGACCAGGAACCUGUUGCCCUUCAAGCCAUUGAGUUCUGGAGUUCGAUUUGUGAUGAGGAGAUAGAUAUAUUGGAAGAUUAUGUGGGUGAUUUUAGUGGGGACUCUGAUAUCCCUUGCUUUUACUUUAUCAAGCAGGCACUCCCUGCCCUUGUCCCGAUGCUUUUGGAGACUCUUCUUAAGCAGGAAGAGGACCAGGAACAGGAAGAUGGCGCUUGGAAUAUUGCUAUGGCUGGGGGCACAUGCCUUGGGUUGGUUGCUCGGACAGUGGGAGAUGAUAUUGUUCCUCUUGUUAUGCCAUUCAUCGAAGAGAACAUAACAAAACCAGAUUGGAGGCAAAGGGAAGCAGCUACGUAUGCCUUUGGUUCCAUCUUGGAGGGUCCUUCGGCUAACAAGUUAACACCUAUUGUUAAUGUUGCUUUGACGUUCAUGCUCAGUGCUUUAACAAAGGACCCGAACAACCAUGUGAAGGACACUACUGCCUGGACACUGGGAAGGAUUUUCGAGUUCCUUCAUGGUUCAACUAUGGAUACACCCAUAAUUACCCCAGCGAACUGCCAACAGAUCAUCACAGUUCUUCUUCAGAGCAUGAAGGAUGUUCCAAAUGUUGCUGAGAAGGCCUGUGGUGCUCUCUAUUUUCUGGCCCAGGGUUAUGAGGAUUUUGGCCCAUCAUCUCCCUUAGCUCCUUUUUUCCAGGAAAUUGUACAGGCUUUACUCACUGUUACUCACAGAGCAGAUGCUGGGGAAUCACGAUUGAGGACUGCUGCAUAUGAAGCGUUGAAUGAAGUUGUAAGGUGUUCAUCUGAAGAGACUGCCUCCAUGGUGUUGCAACUUGUUCCUGUUAUCAUGAUUGAACUGCACAAGACUCUUGAGGGCCAGAAGGUUGCUUCUGAUGAGAUAGAGAGGCAGAGUGAAUUGCAAGGACUUCUUUGUGGGUGCUUACAGGUCAUUAUUCAGAAACUAGGCUCAUCAGAGCCAACUAAAUAUGUUUUUAUGCAGUAUGCGGAUCAGAUAAUGGGACUUUUCUUGAGGGUAUUUGCCUGUAGAAGUGCUACUGUCCAUGAAGAGGCCAUGCUUGCCAUUGGGGCCCUUGCAUACACAACUGGCCCAGACUUUGCAAAAUACAUGCCAGAGUUUUACAAGUAUCUGGAAAUGGGGCUUCAAAAUUUUGAGGAGUACCAAAUCUGUGCUGUCACAGUUGGUGUGGUAGGGGAUAUUUGUAGAGCCAUUGAAGAUAAGGUUCUGCCUUAUUGUGAUGGAAUUAUGACCCAGCUUCUCAAGGAUCUAUCAAGCAACCAGUUGCACCGCUCUGUAAAGCCUCCUAUAUUCUCCUGCUUCGGUGAUAUAGCUCUUGCAAUAGGAGAUAACUUUGAGAAGUACUUGAUGUAUGCCAUGCCAAUGAUCCAGAGUGCUGCAGAGAUGUCUGUCCACACAGCAGGUGCUGACGAUGAAAUGACAGAGUACACCAAUUCUCUGAGAAAUGGAAUAUUGGAGGCAUACUCUGGGAUUUUCCAAGGUUUCAAGAACUCCCCAAAAACCCAGCUCCUGAUAUCUUAUGCUCCUCACAUCCUGCAGUUCUUGGAUAGCAUAUACAUGGGGAAAGACAUGGAUGAAGUGGUGAUGAAAACAGCCAUUGGUGUCCUUGGAGAUCUAGCAGAUACACUAGGAAGCAAUGCAGGUUCUUUGAUACAGCAAUCUCAGUCAUGCAGAGACUUUUUAAAUGAAUGUUUGUCUUCAGAAGACAAUUUGAUAAAAGAAUCUGCAGAAUGGGCCAAGUCGGCCAUCAGUCGUGCCAUUUCUGUUUGA